AGGGCCUUGCCAACCCCUUGUUUCCUUCCGUGCAGCUGCCCAGAGGCCCAGCAGAGCUCCUGGACCCCGGAUCAUCACCCUGGAAAGUUCUACGACAACCUCUACGCGGCCCAGGCAACCGCUUGGGUGAACUUCUUCUUCUGGUUCUUGAUGUGCUUCCUGCUCUUCGUGGAAUGCAUCCGCAAAGCCCCCUACCAGCCCAUUGAGGAGGAAAGCGCCCGGACUGACAAGACCGCGCCUGCCUUUGGCGACCAGUCUUCCUGAGGACGAGGGGAGGAAGCGCCACCAUGUGGCUCCCCCAGUUCGGACAGUCGGCCAUCUUCUACCCAGGUAGCAGAGGGCACCAUUGCUUGGACAAGAGAACUGGACUGUUGAAGGUCCCCCCCCCCUCUCUCUCUUGGGUUACCCAGAACGACGUCCGGAAAGGUCACAACUGGAGCACCUCUGGAAUUCCCUCUCCUAUAGAUUCACACCCCCCAACCCAAUCCAAGUUCUCGUGAAGGUUACUACGGAAUAGAGGGUUCCCACAGCCGAGGGCCGCCUGGGAAGGACAGUCUUGCCACUGAAGGUCUUUGUUAUGUUGAGCGAAGUGCGAUGAAGGGGUGGCACCAACACAGCCCACUUUUAUCGGCAGCCAACGGUUGAUUUUUGUUGUUGUUGUUGUGCCUUGAAGACCACAAACACCCUUCGGUCUGCUUCUUCUGAUGUUGUCUCACUGUCUCCAACAAGGGGAACGCCAACAUGGUGACGGUGUUGAAAUGAGGCCAGGGGGGAUCCCUCCAACUCAACCUCUCCACUCUCUCAUCAUUCACUAGCGAAAUGGAGACUCUCUUCCGGC